AUUUUCUCGGCCCUUCAUUAUUGGGCGCUUUGUAUGCUGAGUGUUCAUGUUUCACGCCGCUUAGAUUUAAUAUCUCUAACUAUGGCAGGUAAACGUCAAUUAAAUUACAUCAAGCCUGCUGAGCCAAGUUUCCUAGCAAAAUUUAAGAAGGACUCUGGCUACAAAGAAGGACCAACAGUUGAUACAAAGAAAGGAGCUUUAUCUCUUGAUGAUUUACCAGACAGACCAGAUGAGGAGGAUGAGAAGCCAGUAGUGGUGGUUCUAGGAAAGGGAGAUCUGACACAGGAAGAAGCUGAAGAAGAAGGGAUACAGAUCAAUGAAAGCCAAAAAGAGAAGGAGGAAGAGGAAGAUGAUGAUGAACCUUCAGAUGGGAGAAUAAGGUUCAGGAAACCCACCAAAAGAAGCCAGGUUGACACGUCAGACUUGAAAGCAUCCUCCUCGAAGAAGAAGAAAGAUGACAAGAAGAAGAAGGACAAGAGCAGGUCUGGAAAGAAAGUCAAGAAUUCAAGUCUGUUAUCAUUUGGAGAAGACGAAGAAGAAGAGGACACCUGAUAGGAUGUGGUUUAAGAUUGAGAAAUGGUAUUGACUCAAACUGAUCGGGCAAUGUGCUGAUUCUGAUACGGCGCCCUCUAGUGUCUAGUGCGAGUGUCAAUGACCUACUUGCUUCCAGGAUCACACUUUUAUGGAAGACUACCAACAGCCGCAUCAGUUUGGACUUUGAAGUGUCUCUGGUGGAAGACCGUACAUCUUUGAAGAUGUGUCUCAUGUGGUUAGAUGAGGCUCCAUGUUCGUUCAUUUCUUGAGCCAAGCCUCAAAAUAUGGCUGCUGAUAUCAAACUAAAGUGUGUAAUAGAUAAUGCAAAGUAAUUGAGUAACACCGGUCGCCACGCUCAUGGUUUACAUCGUUCACGUUGUGCAAAUUUUGACCAGAUUUUUAUUUUAAUAAUGACCCUUCAAAAUAUCCAAUAAAUGUGAUGAUAGUAAAUUGGUAAGCUCAACUGUUAAAUAGUAUGUACAGUUCCAUACUAUUAAAAUGAAAAUUAAAUUUUGAAAUUAUUUGUAUGAA